AUGGCAAAAGAGGUGAUUCUUUUGGAUAAAUGGGCUAGCAUGUAUGGGAUGAGGGUUAGGAUUGCAUUAGCUGAAAAGGGUAUUAAGUAUGAAUCCAAAGAAGAAGAUUUUAAUAAUAAGAGUGAUUUGCUUCUUCAAUCUAACCCUAUUCACAAGAAGAUUCCAGUUCUUAUCCAUAAUGGUAAAUCCAUUUCUGAAUCUGGAAUUAUUGUCCAGUACAUUGAUGAGGUUUGGAAUCACAAAAAUCCAUUCUUUUCCUCUGACCCUUAUGAGAGAGCUCAAGCCAGAUUUUGGGUUGAUUACAUUGACAAAAAGGUUUUUGGUACUUGGAUGAAAGUGUGGCUUUCAAAAGGUGAAGAAUAUGAAGAAGCUAAGAAGGAGUUGAUUUCUAUCUUUAAGACACUAGAGGAGACAUUAGGUGACAAGAGUUUUUAUGGUGGUGAGACAUUUGGAUAUCUUGAUAUUGGUUUGAUCCCUUUUUAUAGCUGGUUUUAUACUUUUGAGACAUAUGGUAACUUCAAAUUUGAAGUGGAGACUCCUAAACUUGUGGCUUGGGGAAAGAGAUGCAUUGAGAAAGAAAGUGUUUCAAAAUCACUUCCUGAUGAGAACAAGAUCUAUGAUUAUGUUGUGGCUGGCAAGAAAGCACUUGGUUUACGGUGA